GCCCAGAAACCGGCCCCUAUUCUCGUCCCCCCUCUGCACGCUGCGAGGCCGAGACGUCUCCCGCGGUAACGGCGGGGAGGUUGAGUUGCGCGCUCCCAGGCCCGGGAAAGCCCGGGCGACGCGGCAGCCAGCCCCCGCCGGGGUCCCUCCGAGCCGCCAGGGCGCGCCGCGCUGCUCUCCGUCCCGCCCCUCUCGCAGGGAUCCCCAGGCGAAGGCGGCCGGAACUCCGGGCCUUGCCCGGGCCACUCGGGCCAUCCCUGUCCCUUGGCUCAGCGCCGAGGGUCCGCACUCCGCGCCCUGCGCCCUGGCCCCCAGCGCUCGAGCUCCAAAUGCGCUGCCCGGUGGCCCCCUGACAGCUGCCUGCACACGAGCUCCGGCGGGCGGCGCGGCGGACUGUCAUGCCCGGGACGCCGCUGCAGCCGGCCCGCAGCCCGCGGGGGCGAUGAGCCGCUGCGGCCGGUGAGGAGCCGGGCGGCUCGGGCAUCGCGCACCUUCCUAGCCCGCCUCACUUGCUCAUUGGGCUCUGGAGGCUGAGGGGAAUUGGUCUCAGGCCUGUCAAGAGGACCAUUGGUGCUGUGGUAGAGCCAGAAUCUAAGUCUCGUGUAUGGCGUGGUUACGGUUGCAGCCUCUCACCUCUGCCUUCCUCCAUUUUGGGCUGGUUACUUUUGUGCUCUUCCUGAAUGGUCUUCGAGCAGAGGCUGGUGACUUGGGGGAUGUGCCCAGUGCAGGGCAGAACAAUGAGUCCUGUUCAGGGUCAUCAGACUGCAAGGAGGGUGUCAUCCUGCCAAUCUGGUAUCCAGAGAACCCUUCCCUGGGGGACAAGAUUGCCAGGGUCAUUGUCUAUUUUGUGGCCCUGAUAUACAUGUUUCUUGGGGUGUCUAUCAUCGCUGACCGGUUCAUGGCAUCUAUUGAAGUUAUCACCUCCCAAGAGAGGGAAGUGACUAUCAAAAAGCCCAAUGGGGAGACCAGCACAACUACAAUUCGGGUCUGGAAUGAAACUGUCUCCAAUCUGACCUUGAUGGCCCUGGGCUCUUCUGCUCCAGAGAUCCUCCUGUCUUUAAUUGAAGUGUGUGGUCAUGGGUUUGUUGCUGGUGACUUGGGACCAUCUACCAUUGUGGGCAGUGCAGCUUUCAACAUGUUUAUCAUCAUUGGCAUCUGUGUCUAUGUGAUCCCAGAUGGGGAGACUCGGAAGAUCAAGCACCUGCGAGUCUUCUUUGUCACUGCUGCAUGGAGCAUCUUUGCCUAUAUCUGGCUCUAUAUGAUCCUGGCAGUCUUCUCUCCUGGUGUGGUCCAGGUGUGGGAAGGCCUCCUUACUCUCUUCUUCUUUCCAGUGUGUGUCCUACUGGCUUGGCUGGCAGAUAAGCGACUGCUCUUCUACAAAUACAUGCACAAAAAAUACCGCACAGAUAAACACCGGGGAAUUAUCAUUGAGACAGAGGGUGACCACCCUAAAGGCAUUGAGAUGGAUGGGAAAAUGAUGAACUCCCACUUCCUAGAUGGAAACCUGGUACCCUUGGAAGGGAAGGAGGUAGAUGAAUCUCGCAGGGAGAUGAUCCGGAUUCUUAAGGAUCUGAAACAAAAACAUCCAGAGAAGGACUUAGAUCAGCUGGUGGAGAUGGCCAAUUACUAUGCUCUUUCCCACCAACAGAAGAGCCGCGCUUUCUAUCGCAUCCAAGCCACCCGUAUGAUGACUGGUGCAGGCAAUAUACUUAAGAAACAUGCAGCAGAGCAAGCCAAGAAGACCUCCAGCAUGAGUGAAGUGCACACUGACGAGCCUGAGGACUUUGCUUCCAAGGUCUUCUUUGACCCAUGUUCUUACCAGUGCCUGGAGAACUGUGGAGCUGUCCUCCUGACAGUAGUGAGGAAAGGGGGAGAUGUGUCCAAGACCAUGUAUGUGGAUUACAAAACAGAGGAUGGCUCUGCCAAUGCAGGGGCCGACUAUGAGUUCACAGAGGGCACGGUGGUUCUGAAGCCAGGAGAGACUCAGAAGGAGUUCUCAGUGGGCAUCAUUGAUGAUGAUAUCUUUGAGGAGGAUGAACACUUCUUUGUGAGGCUGAGUAAUGUCCGUGUAGAAGAGGAGCAGCUGGAGGAGGGGAUGCCUCCAUCGAUGCUUGGUAGUUUUCCUUUGCCUCGGGCUGUCCUGGCUUCCCCUUGUGUAGCCACAGUUACCAUCCUGGAUGAUGAUCAUGCAGGAAUUUUCACUUUUGAAUGUGAUACCAUUCAUGUCAGUGAAAGUAUUGGAGUUAUGGAAGUCAAGGUUCUGAGGACAUCAGGCGCCCGGGGCACAGUCAUCGUCCCUUUUAGGACAGUAGAAGGGACAGCCAAGGGUGGCGGUGAGGACUUUGAAGACACAUAUGGGGAGCUGGAGUUCAAGAAUGAUGAAACAGUCAAAACAAUUCACAUCAAGGUAAUUGAUGAUGAGGCGUAUGAGAAAAACAAGAAUUACUUCAUUGAGAUGAUGGGCCCCCGCAUGGUGGAUAUGAGUGUUCAGAAAGCGCUCCUGUUAUCUCCAGAGGUGACAGACAGGAAGCUGACUGUGGAGGAAGAAGAGGCCAAGAGAAUAGCAGAGAUGGGAAAACCAGUAUUGGGUGAACACCCCAAACUAGAGGUCAUCAUUGAAGAGUCCUAUGAGUUCAAGAGUACCGUGGACAAGCUGAUCAAGAAGACAAACCUGGCGUUGGUUGUGGGGACCCAUUCCUGGAGGGACCAGUUCAUGGAAGCCAUAACUGUUAGUGCAGCAGGGGAUGAGGAUGAGGACGAAUCGGGCGAGGAGAGGCUGCCUUCCUGCUUUGACUAUGUUAUGCACUUCCUGACAGUCUUCUGGAAGGUGCUUUUUGCCUGUGUGCCCCCCACGGAGUACUGCCAUGGCUGGGCCUGCUUUGUGGUCUCUAUCCUCAUUAUUGGCAUGCUCACUGCCAUCAUCGGGGACCUAGCCUCUCACUUUGGCUGCACAAUUGGGCUCAAGGAUUCAGUCACCGCCGUCGUUUUUGUAGCGUUCGGCACCUCUGUGCCAGAUACAUUUGCCAGCAAAGCUGCUGCCCUGCAGGAUGUGUAUGCAGAUGCCUCCAUUGGCAACGUCACUGGCAGUAAUGCUGUCAACGUCUUCCUGGGUAUUGGCUUGGCCUGGUCCGUGGCCGCCAUCUACUGGGCCAUGCAGGGACAGGAGUUCCAUGUGUCUGCUGGCACUCUAGCCUUCUCUGUCACUCUUUUCACCAUCUUUGCAUUUGUCUGCCUCAGUGUGCUCUUGUACCGUCGGCGGCCCCACCUUGGCGGGGAGCUGGGAGGUCCGCGUGGCUGCAAGCUUGCCACAACGUGGCUUUUUGUGAGCCUGUGGCUCCUCUAUGUACUUUUUGCCACACUGGAGGCCUACUGCUACAUCAAGGGGUUCUGAGUCACUAGAGCAAGACCUCCACGGGGCAGGCCUAGGACUUCUCCCAAGAGAAGGGCACUUCCUCACCAACCUUCCCAGGUUGAGCAGCCCUGGAGAAGCAGCAUCAGGACCAGAGCCCCAGGAACAUCACAUGACCUGGGCCCUGGCAGUGCACAGAAAGACCAAAAUCUAAACAAUUCAAUGGAACGGAAGCGACACCCACUGUCCAAAGUACUUAAUUAAAAACAAACCAACAGCAACAAAUCCACCUCUACCCCAUCCUCCACUCGUGUCCCUGAGCUUUCUCUUGUGUACUCCACCAUCCAACGAUUCCUUUGACUCUAAC